AUGUCAUGACAUUUAGUUUACUUGCACAUUACAUGGACGGUGAUUCUACCGUUCAGUAAAAUAACAAUAAAACUACAAAACUGUGUGUGAAUACAUGCUACAAUAGUUUUAUACCGCGAUGGCGACCCCCGCGGACGUGCGCGCCGUUUUCGAGGCCAAGUUAAAAGAAGGGAUUCCUAACCCUCCAGGCGAGUUUCACCCUUUGGACUUGGAAAGGGUAAAGGACGAUAAAUACUUAACACGGCUGUUAUUACACCAAGAAAAUGACUCGAAGAUGGCAGCCGACAUGUUAUGGGACAUUCUUGUGUGGCGGAAAACGAAUAAUGUGAACGAUAUCAAUGAAAACACCGUGAGAAUGGACUAUAUAAAGGAAGGUGCGUUUUUUCCUCACGGACGCGAUGUAGAUGGCAAUUUACUGCUUAUAAUCAAGUCUAAACAGCAUGUGAAAGGUCAAAAAGACUUUGAAGAGCUUAAGAAAGUGAUUAUAUACUGGUUUGAUCGCAUUGAAAGAGAGGAACAGGGUAAACCUAUUACUCUAUUCUUUGAUAUGGACGGUUGCGGCCUCGGAAACAUGGACAUGGAGCUCAUUAAGUAUUUAAUUAGUUUGAUGAAGCUCUACUACCCAUAUUUUCUGCAUUUUAUCAUCAUUUACCAAAUGCCAUGGGUUUUAUCUGCUGCAUUUAAGGUUGUUAAGUCACUGUUGCCGGCGAAAGCUGUCGAGCGUAUGAAGUUUUCAACUAAAGACAAUUUGAAGGACGUUGUGGCUCCCGAGCAGGCAUUGGCAUGCUGGGGCGGCAAGGACCCGUAUGUGUUUGAAUUCAUUCCGGAAAACAGGGGUACUAAUGAUGUGCAUACACCGAAAAAGGUAACAUUCGCAGAGCAAGGAGACAACCAGCAUUCUCCUGGAGAAAUGCUAAGACUCAAUCCCAACGAUACAAUCGUUUUCAAGAAUGAAAAUGAUGAGAUAUCUGGACAAUUCACUAUAACCAAUAUGGAUGAAAGUGCCAUAUCCUUUAAAAUAAGAACAACUUCGCCAGAGAAGUUUCGAGUGCGACCCAGCUCCGGUACACUAGCCACUGGCUCCUCACAAACCGUACAAAUUGUGGUGCAGCCAGGAUUCCAAUUCCGUACUGUCACUAAAGAUAGAUUCCUCGUCAUGUCCGUACAAAUCCCGAAGCUGGAUGUAACACCAAAGGAGCUCACCGAUAUCUGGCAAAAGUCAUCGGGCAGCAAAGUUGAUGAGUACAGGCUGAAGUGUCACUUCCCGGAGAAGGAUAUGCCGAAGAACGGAAGCAUGGUGGACGGUAGGAGUCAGGAUAAGCCCGAUUCAGUUACGAAUGCUUUAAAUAACUUGCAGGUUAACUAUGAAAUGCUUCAUAAACAGGUUAAAAUGCUUAAAAUAUAUCAAUUGUUUACGUUGAUUCUAACAGCUUGCGCUGUCUUACUUGGUUAUCUUGUCUAUAAGAGUUCUAACGAAGACAAGUAUUGUGAGCGCAUGUAGCCCAUGGAAAUGGUGGUAUUAGAUACCACUGUGGACGUCAAUGUCUUGUUAAACGGUUUCCUAAUGUUUAUAUUGAUAACUAAUACUGUUAUCUUUGUUAUAUAUUGCCAGUUAGUGCGUAAGGUGGAGCGGUUGCAUGCUACUUAGAUUUACUG